CCGAUAAUUUUACUCAUGCUUCCUAGAAAAAGUCUAUAAAAUCUCAGCGGGAGAAGGUAGAAUAGAAUAAACUAUCUACUUCUCUAUCGUCAAUUUUGAUCACAAAAUGACAGAAUCUGAAUCCAUGCUACUCUCAAGAAAGCUACAAGGCAAAGUUGCUAUAGUCACCGGUGGAGCCAGCGGCAUUGGGGAGGCGACUGCACGUCUCUUCAUUGAACACGGUGCACGAGCGGUGGUGAUUGCUGAUAUUCAAGAUGAGAAAGGCCAAAGUGUGGUGAAAUCCAUUGGCCUAGAUCGGUGCAGCUACGUGCACUGUGAUGUUAGCAAUGAAGAACAAGUCAAAGCCAUGGUGGAUUGGACCAUCCAAAAAUACGGUCAGCUCGAUAUCAUGUUUAGUAAUGCUGGAAUGGUUAGUAGUUCCAAUCAAACAAUCCUCGACCUCGAUUUUUCACAAUUUGAUCGGGUUAUCCAAGUCAACAUGCGAAGCAUGGCCAUGUGUGUCAAGCACGCUGCACGAAAAAUGGUGGAGCACAAGAUUAGAGGGGCCAUUGUUUGUACCGCGAGUGUAGCUGCCACUAUUGGUGGGCCGAACCAUACCGAUUACACCAUGUCAAAGCACGCGGUGUUGGGGUUGGUCAGGUCUGCCAGCCAGCAGUUGGGAUUACACGGGAUUAGGGUUAAUUGCGUGUCACCAUCUGCUGUGGUUACGCCCUUGGCUGCGAAAAUUGGGCUGGCCAGCGACGAAGACGUGGAAAACAUCCUCGGGCCAUUGACUAGCUUAAAAGGGGUCACGUUAACGGCUAGGCAUGUCGCCGAAGCCGUAUUAUUUUUAGCUUCGGACGACUCGGCUUUUGUGACGGGGCAUAAUUUGGUGGUCGAUGGUGGGUUGAUCAGUCUUCCUUUCCUAAACACUUCAUGAAUGUCAGAAUAAAUGAUCCAAUAACCAGCAAUGAAAUUACAAUAAACGAAGCAAAAACCAAGGGAUACACGUACAAUAAAUCUCUAUAUAAGUGUCUGGUUGGGAUCGUAUGAAAUCUAUCAAUUAAGUGAUAUAACGAUUGAUUGAUAGACUAAUCCUUAUUAGUUUUUGAAGAUAUUAAAUGGGUUUGUAUUUUAAUA